GCUCCUCCUGUCCUUCUGCAGGAGCGUGCAUCCCACCGUAGGGUCGGCAGAGCUAUGGCAGCCCUUCUGAGACCCGCGCGCUGGCUGCUGGCGGCAGGGGCGUCCCGGCGCCUGCCGCUGUACCUGCGCCUCUUCGCGGGCGGCCCGGGCCGGCCGUCCAGCGUCUCCCGGCUGACGGCCGCGGAUGUGCGGCCCGCUGCGGGAGUGCUACCGAGCCAAGCCAGGCUAUACACCAUUGUUGCUGAAAAAAAGGAUCUUUCAGAGGAGCCCCCCUCCCUGAAAAGGAACUCCAGUCAGUUUGAUUGGGCUCUAAUGAGACUGGAUAAUUCUGUGCGAAGAACUGGUCGCAUUACAAAGAAGCUUCUACAGAGAGUGUUUGAAAGCACAUGUCGCUCAGGUAGCCCAGGAGGUAAUCAAGCCUUGCUUCUAUUGCGAAGCUGUGGUUCUCUCUUGCCCGAACUGAGUCUCACAGAGAGAACAGAAUUUGCCCAUAAGAUAUGGAACAAACUUCAGAAAUUAGGUACUAUCUAUGAUGUAAGUCACUACAAUGCUUUACUUAAAGUCUAUCUUCAAAAUGAACAUAAGUUCUCACCUACUGAUUUCCUCACAAAGAUGGAGGAAGCACACAUUCAGCCAAACCGAGUAACAUACCAGAGGCUGAUUGCUGCUUACUGUAACACAGGAGAUAUGGAAGGUGCCAGCAAGAUUCUUGGAUUUAUGAAAACCAAGGACCUCCCAAUCACAGAGGCAGUGUUCAGUGCUCUUGUUACAGGGCAUGCAAGAGCUGGAGAUAUGGAGAAUGCAGAAAAUAUUCUCACAGUGAUGAAAGAUGCUGGCAUUGAGCCUGGACCAGACACAUACCUGGCAUUACUGAACGCAUAUGCCGAGAAGGGUAACAUUGACCAUGUUAAACAGAUUCUGGAGAAUGUAGAGAAAUCAGAUCAUUGCCUUAUGGACCGUGAUUUAUUGCAAAUUAUCGUCAGCUUUAGUAAAGCUGGAUAUCCUCAAUAUGUCUCAGAAAUUUUGGAUAAAGUUACCUAUGAAAGAAGAUAUAUUCCAGAUGCAAUGAACCUCAUUUUGCUUUUAGUCACUAAGAAAUUGGAAGAUACAGCAUUCCAAAUUUUAUUAGCAUUACCUAUAUCAAAUGAAGACAAUGAAAAUGAUUUUGGCAGUUUUUUUUUACAGCACUGCGUGACUAUGGAUACGCCUGCUGAGAAGCUGAUAGACUACUGUAAGAAGUUAAAGGAAGCCAAGAUGCACAGUUCUUCUUUGCACUUCACCCUCCAUUGUGCUUUGCUAGCCAAUAAAGCCGAUUUGGCAAAAGCACUGAUGAAGGUUUUAAAGGAAGAAGGCUUUCCCAUCCGGUUUCACUAUUUUUGGCCAUUGCUAAUUGCACAUCAGAAGAGAAAAGAUGUUCAAGGUAUAAUUGACAUUUUAAAAAUAAUGAAGGAAAUGGGAGUAGAUCCUAAUCAGGAAACAUAUGUAAAUUAUGUAUUUCCAUGCUUUGAUGAUAUAAAGUCAGUACGUGCUGCUUUGCAGGAAAAUGAAUGUCUACCUAAUAGUAAUACACUUUAUCAGGCUGAAGUGAGGAGCGAAGCUCUGAAUGGGAACUUAGACAGCAUUCUGUCACUUCUGGAAUCAAAUAUAUCGCCUUUCCCAUUUAAUUCUUUGAGAGGCAGCCUAAUUCUAGGCUUUCGGAGGUCUAUGAAUGUAGAUCUUUGGAGUAAGAUAACAGAAUUGUUGUACAAGGAUGGACGUUAUUGCCAGGAGCCUCCAGGACCAACGGAAGCUGUUGGCUAUUUUCUUUAUAACUUGAUUGACAGCAUGAGUGACUCAGAGGUACAGGCCAAGGAGGAGCAUUUGAGACAAUACUUCCAUCAGCUGAAGAAGAUGAAUAUUAAAGUUUCUGAAAACAUCUUCAGAGGCAUUCGUAAUCUGCUGGAGGGCUACCAUGUUCCUGAAUUGAUUAAGGAUGUUAAGGUUCUGGUUGACACAGAGAAGAUAGAUUCUCGAAAAACUCCACAGCUUACUUCAUCUGAUUUGGAAUCAACACUUGAAAAACUCAAAGUUGGAAACCAACCAAUAGGAGAUGUCCUAAAACAACUCAUCCUACUGCUUUGUUCAGAAGAGAAUAUGGAAAAGGCCCUUGAGGUGAAAGCAAAAUAUGAAUCGGACAUGGUUAUUGGUGGCUAUGCAGCUUUAAUACAUUUGUGCUGUCGGCAUGAUAAUGCAGAAGAUGCAUUGAACUUGAAACAAGAAUUUGACCGCUUAGAUCCUUCUGCUGUCCUUGACACUGCCAAGUACGUAGGCCUUGUAAAAGUAUUGGGAAAGCAUGGCAGGCUGCAAGAUGCUAUUAACAUCCUAAAGGAGAUGAAAGAGAAGGAUGUUCUUAUCAAAGAUGCAACAGUCUUGUCCUUUUUCCACAUUCUAAAUGGCGAAGCUUUAAGAGGUGAAACUGAAACAGUAAAACAGUUGCAUGAAGCCAUCGUGACUCUAGGAUUAGCAAAACCAACCACCAACAUAAGCUUCCCAUUGGUUACUGUACACCUGGAAAAGGAUGAUUUACCUGCUGCUCUUGAAGCCAGCAUUGACCUUUAUCAGAAGUAUAAAAUAUUACCCAGGAUUCAUGAUGUCUUGUGUAAGCUGAUUGAGAGAGGUGAAACCGAUCUAAUCCAGAAAGCGAUGGACUUUGUGAGCCAAGAGCAAGGUGAAAUGACAAUGCUAUAUGAUCUCUUCUUCGCCUUCCUACAAACAGGAAAUUACAAAGAGGCCAGGAAGAUCAUUGAGACUCCAGGCAUUAGAGCUCGACCUACAAGACUUCAGUGGUUUUGUGACAGAUGUAUUACCAGUAAUCAGGUUGAAACGCUGGAAAAAUUAGUGGAGCUAACAGAGAAACUAUUUGAAUGUGAUAGAGACCAGAUGUACUACAGCCUGCUGAAACUGUACAAAGUGAAUAGCGACUGGCAACGAGCAGAUGCUGCCUGGAAUAAAAUGCAAGAAGAAAACAUUAUUCCCCGUGAGAAGACACUAAGAUUAUUAGCAGAAAUCCUGAAGUCCAACAACCAGGAAGUUCCAUUUGAUGUUCCUGAGUUGUGGUUUGAAGAUGACAGACAUUCCCUGAGUUCUUCGUCAGCCUCAACUGUAGAAGCAGAUAUGGAGAAGACUGUGUUGGAGGCCUGCAGAUUGAGAAAGUUCAGAGAUGCAUUUACGAUGUUCCUGGAAGCACAAAAACAAAAUGUUGUAUUUAACAGUGAAACUUACAGCACUCUUAUAAGAUUACUGUUGUCGAAGGACAAUUUUACAGAAGCAAUGCAAGUGAAAGAUUUCGCUGAGACCCACAUCAAGGGCUUCACACUGAACGAUGCUGCCAACAGCCUCCUCAUCAUAACGCAAGUUAGGCGGGAUUAUUUGAAAGUGGCUCUAGAAACUCUAAAAGCAGCCUUGGAUCUGGAGCACAUCCCUUCUAAGAUAGCUGUGACCCGCCUUAUUCAGGCCUUUGCCUUGAAGGGUGACCUGGAAAGCAUAGAGGCCAUUCAGAAGAUGGUAAAUGGACUCUCCAUUGGACUCUCAAGUAUGGUUUUCAUCAACAACAUUGCUUUGGCACAAAUGAAAAACAAUAACAUAGAUGUUGCCAUAGAAAAUAUUGAACACAUGCUCACUUCAGAGAAUCGAACCAUAGAACCUCAGUACUUUGGCUUGUCAUAUUUAUUCAGAAAAGUAAUAGAGGAGCAGAUGGAACCAGCAAUCGAAAAAUUAAGCAUCAUGUCGGAGAGAUUGGCCAAUCAUUUUGCACUUUACAAACCUGUCACUGAUCUUUUCCUGCAGCUUGUGGAUUCAGGCAGGGUGGAUGAUGCCAAAGCUCUCCUACAGAGAUGUGGUGCAAUUGCCGAACAAACCUCAAUUUUCUUGGUAUUCUUUCUUAGGAAUUCUCAGAAACCAAAAAAGGCACCAGUUUUGAAGACAUUGUUGGAAUUGAUUCCUGAAUUAAGAGAAAAGGAAGAGGUGUAUUCUUCCUCCAUGAAAAGCUAUGUCUUGGACAAAGAUGUGGCCUCUGCUAAAGUGCUGUAUGAUCAUUUGACUGCAAAGAACGUGAAGCUGAAUGAACUGUUUCUGAAGCGUUACGCGUCUUUGCUGAAGCAUGCGGGCCAGCCUGUCCCUUUCACUGAGCCCCCUGAAAGCUUUGAAUUUUACAUAAAGCAGCUAAAGGAAGAAAGAGAAAGCCCUUCAUGAAAGAAGCAGGCUCUACUUUGUUUUGUAUGUAUUUGUGAACCUGUGUUUAAAUGUUAUUUCUAAGAUGUACUUGAUGAAAAAUAAACAAAUGAAAAUUA